UAUUGAGGAUCAAAAUAUUGGCCUGCACCCUUAGUUGGAUUCUGUCUUUCCUAGAAGACUUUUAUUUGGCCUCAAGUUGGCCAUGGACUUCUAGAUGCAGGAAAGGGGUUAGGGAGCCUGGGAGAAGCCUGUGUGGCUCAGGACUGUGCCUAUUUUCCAAUGGGUACAGAUUUAUCUUGCGAUGGUGCUCACCAGCGUGGCUGUAAUUGUGCGUACGGGUGAAUGUCAGCCACGCCCAGGUCGAGACUCCGACCAAGGGAUGGGAAAGGUGUUGGGGGACAUGGGUGCUCCAGACCCUCCCUGCGCUGACGGCUGCCCCUCUCUUCUCUUAGCCUGGCUCCAGUGCCCAGACCCAAGUCCCCCACUGCUCAAUGGACACCCCCAGCCCAGACCCGUUGCCUUCGCCUUUGCCUGGGGAGGAAGAGAAACCUCUGGCCUUACCUCCUGUUCCCCGGGGCCGCCGAGGCCGGCGUCCCGGGGGUGCCGCCUCCUCGAAUCGGACGCUCAAGGUCUCCCUCCCUCGCAAGCGGGGCCGCCCCCCCAAGUCAGGGCAGGAGCCCCCGCUGGCACAGGGGGUGACAGCACAGGUAGGCAGCGGUGGUGGCAGCGGUCUCCUGCUGAUCGAUGAUCAGGGCGUGCCCUAUACUGUCUCUGAAGGGUCAGCGGCAGGCUCGCCCGAGGGCUCCGGCCCUAAGAAGGCCCCUCACUUCUGCCCCGUGUGCCUGCGGGCCUUCCCCUACCUCUCCGACCUGGAACGCCACAGCAUCUCGCACUCGGAGCUGAAGCCGCACGAGUGCAAGGAUUGUGGCAAGACCUUCAAGCGGUCCAGCCACCUGCGGCGGCACUGCAACAUCCAUGCGGGCCUGCGGCCCUUCCGCUGCCCACUCUGCCCUCGCCGCUUCCGCGAGGCGGGCGAGCUGGCCCACCACCACCGCGUGCACUCCGGGGAACGACCCUACCAGUGCCCCAUCUGCCGGCUGCGCUUCACAGAGGCCAACACGCUCCGGCGCCAUGCCAAACGCAAGCACCCUGAAGCCAUGGGGGCACCCCUGUGUUCCUCAGACCCAGGGCCCGAACCACCGUGGGACGACGAAGGCAUUCCGGUCAUGGCAGGGGCUGAGGCGGAGGAGGAGCCGGAGGGGAAAGAGCUGGCCUGACUCACACCCCCGGCCAGGUUUAGAGCUGGGAGUUCAGCUGUUGCUGGGUCUGGGCAAGGAGGCCGGGACAUCCUCAUAUCUGGUGGUCUUCCUGCUGUGGGAGGGUCUAGAGGAUGAGGACUUAAAAUUAUGGAUCCUGCCGCCUUCUGCCAUCCUUCCCAGGACUGACAGGCCCUUGGAGGCGGGGGCCUUGG